CAUCUUUAUUGCUUCCUUGGUUCUGUUACCCUGACAACCCAUGAACUUUGUCAAAUGUUUGUUCGUUAGCUAAAAGUUCACCCACUUUUGGCUGCUUGUAUAAUUUUUCAUUCACAUUAAAAAUAAAGAAAUAUUUAAGCGAGCAAAAUGGAAGUUCUGGAAGAGGGUAAUUUAAUGGAUCGAGUGCCCAUACUGCUGCAACGAGAUCUAGAGUUUUAUCAGACACAUCAGCGUGUGUUGCAGGAACCCAUUUGUUCGGGUGUUGUGGGUGGCAAAUUGGAUUUUCCACGGUAUGCAUCCUUUGCAGCAAUCAAAUUGAUACGUUGGUGGGAGGAUGAGUACUUUGCCUCUUACCGCAAAUUCUCGGGACUUUUGCAUACCGAAAAGGAGCUGAAUGAAGGAGAUUAUACUAGUGCCACUGUCAAGGCCUCUGAUCCGGAUAAGUUCGUUCAGCUCGUUUGCCGUUCAGCUGACAUGCUUCUGGAGCACGUCCAUCGCCUGUCCCAGGAGUCCCUGGAUCAUGCAGAUCUCUCUGUGCUGACGGCCACCAUUGGCGCUGCUUCGCUGGUGAAGAACUCGCUGAGUGUCUAUAUGCAGGCGGCCACCACGACGAUUGUGCCGCCCAAGGGUGACGAGAAAGGCGGCGCCCUCAAGCUGAGCUUCAAGCAAUAUGCCCAGAUGUCCGAGGCAUUGGCAGAGCGACUCCUCGAUCUGCACUGCCGUCUGCUGCUGCUGUACAUCAUGCAGGAUGCCGACUGUCUGCACUGGGAGGACACCCAACCGUUCUUUGAGUCCGAGCGGGGCUCGUACACCGUGCAGAUGUGGUGGCACUAUAUGCGUGGCUCCAAGACGGAUCUGUGGAACUCGGUGCCACCGAAAAUGGCCCAGAAGAUUUUCGCGGGUAUGCUGAACGAGACGCUCAGUGUGCUGACUGUUCGCUACACCCAAAUCGUGACGAGUGUCGCUCGAUCGCAGCUCCACCUGACGGACAUUUGCAACAUGCUGCUGUGCAUUGCCGAGCUGCUGCCACACAUCUGCGAGAGCGGCGAGGCCUAUGUGGGUCUGCAGUUGAGCAACCAAAGCGUCAUCCUGCGGGACAUACACGCCAAGUGCCGGGAGCUCUUUUAUUGUCUGCUGCUGCGUGGUGCACCCUUGGGUGUGCUCUCCAAGGUUUUCCGUAAGGGUCUCGACAACAUGGAAAUGUUUAGCUCUCGCCAUGGUCUGCCCAGUGCCUGGAUUAUAUUUGCUCUGCCGCGCUACUUUCCCAAGGAGCAAUCCUGCCAAUGGGUCACUGAAUUUGCUGAUCUCACCACCAACACUGCCAUUUCGUUGGAUCUGCGGGUUUUACUGGCAUUUCCCGAGGCUGAUUGGUUUUUGCUGAAGAUUCUGCUGAUGCGAGAUGCCUUCCUCACUGGCAUCAUCAUAAGACACUUGAUGCAGCAUUUACCCUCAUCGGAGAACUUUAAGAAUGUGGCCAAACAUUCGUUUACCAGUGCCGAGGGUGCACCACCAAAGUGCGAGGCGUUCCUGUGCCGCGGCGAGUGCUUCAAUGUCACCGAGUCCAUAGCUGGGGAUAUAGACCCUGUGGGACAGGCCAACUAUCAGAUUGUCCUCUCGCUCACCUACUUGGUCGUGGCCGUGGGCAAGGCGGUGGACAUCAAGUCCUGUCUGAUCAAGACCCUCGAGGAGCAUGCGGUGGCGGGCUGGAGCGAUUGCCUGGACAAGCGGCAGGUGUGGAACCAGAAGCGUACUCCCUGGCUGGAGGCCAUCAUGCAUUUCGUUUAUCCCGUGCUCGACUGUGUCGUCGAGAUGCUCAUCAAUGCCGUGGAGAAUGGCGCUAGCAUGUACCAGGCCAUGUCCCUGGCCCUCACGUGUGUCUCUGAGAUCUGGGAUUGCAUUCCCGAGGGACUGUACAAGAUCACCUCACUGCUGCAGGACAUUAUACCAGUUUCCACGCGACCCUUGGGCGAUUCUGUGCUGUUGCAGGUGGUCUUUGCAGCGCUCUACACGGAGCUGAUCAAGACAGCCGAGCUGCAUGAACAGGGAAAGAAUGCAGACAAGGCUUCCAUUUGCUAUUCAAUAUCGGAGGCCAUUUGCUCCAUUGACGAGGACGACAAGCACACGGAUCAAAUCGAAUUGUUCCUCAAACAGGCCAAGGAGAGCAUCAAUCUGGACACGGACUUUGGUGGCACACCCGGAGGCAGUAAUCGUGGCGCUGGCGGCAUGAGUGCCGUGAGCACCGUCAAAAUGGAUGACCUAACCAAUGCCGAGUCAGAUCGACUCAGUCACAGUCCCCCGAACAACUAUGCCAUGGAGCUGGAUGUGGGCAUUGCCGACUACAUAGCCGAGGUGCUGGUUAGCGAUGUGCUGACCACAAACAUAGGCAAACAGGCCCUGAAGGUGGUCUACAAUUAUCUGAAAUUCAACAGGGAUUGGCUGCUGGAGCAACUGGGCACCGGCGACAAUGAUGCAAGUCCCUUUCAAGGUGUCCAGGGCCAGAACAUCAAGGAGGGACAAACGUCGGUGCUCAAGUCCAUGUUUUAUAUUGGCAACACACCGUUUGAUCAGCUGCUGACGGGCUCCCUGAAGAUCGACUACGUGAGUUGGCUGCAAAUGCCGCUGUCCCUGAAUCCAGAACGAACCUGGCUGCACUUGACGCGUCGCUGUGACUUCCAGGAGGACUCAAACCUGGCACUGCCAGAGGUGGCCAUGGUGGCUGGCAUUACGAAGAUAAUGAAGCGGCGCAAGGAGUUUGCCAAGUAGCGUGGAAAGGGCAGUGAAGCCAUCAUUAGCACUCCCCUCCUCGCUGGCUGUGAAUUAUGUUGUUGAUGGCAAAAGGCACUGGGGAGAGCUGCUCCCUCUCUCUUCCUGUGUCUUUGGAUGUCAUUAACGCCGCAUAAUGCAAACACAAGUCGCAUGCCGCGGGCAGGAGGGGCACCGGCACCGUCACCGUCACCGAAUGCACAACACAAUAAGCGAGGCGACACGGAGCAGCAGGGCGCUAAAAAAAAAUAAUAUUUACAUCUCCUCCAGCAUCGCCAUCUCUCCUCCAAUCCAAAGUUAAUGUUUCAGGGGAUGG